CGUCAUCCCUGAGCCUCGGUUCGAUUUCAUUUCUCAGCAUCCACCAAGAUGCAGCAGGAGGCACCUAAUAAGCCUGCAAGUACCGGUCCUGGACCAGAAACUCCACGCAAGCGACAUGGAAGAAGAGCUGUUGUGUACCACAAAGAAAGCAGUGCAGAAAGCAUUCCCUUGUACCCAAAGUCGAGAAGCGGUACUGACAGUGUAGAAGGUUACAAAAAAUCGCUCUCCGACGAAUAUAAGCGCCGAGCUUAUGAAGAAGCUGAAAGAAAUCGUGAGAGGUUGUAUGAGCUAGGGGCAGGAGGAUAUUCCAUCGAAUGUUAUGUGGCGUCGCUGGCAUUUACGGCUGCUGUAAUUGCCUUGCUGAUAGUAUAUAUAGUGAACAUCUCUCAAACAAGCCUAAAGGAAACGGUCAGUCAUAUGAGCGCAGCACCUGAUUACACAAAGUCCUAUGUGGUGAUGACCGAGAAUUUUGAUUGUUCACUUCUUGCAAAAAGAGCUUAUCUAAAAUCGAUGGAAACCGCUGACAGUGCAAUAAUGUGCCUAACGGCUACCGUUCCUUACUGUGUUGCGGGGCUAUAUUCAAGCAUUUCCUCGUUUUACUACUUAAGAUUAUCAAUAGAAAGGGCGGUGAGAACUUGGAAAAGACUAAUGGUUCCAAAACAAAUGAAAAUGUGGAGCAAGGGAUUUGGGCUUAUGAGAGUAGUUGAAAUAUCCACAGCCGAUGGAUCUCCAAAGAAUGUGAUCUACUUUGAGAAGUUCGUUCGUGAAAAGUGGCUUCGAAAUAAAACGAAAGCAGUUGAAGCUAAUAUUACGAAUAUCAAACAACAAAUUCUAACAAUGAGAUUUCACCCAAAAACCAUGGUUCUUACUAUAGUGAAGUCGUGGGUAUGGGAACGCCGAAAUUGA